CAUUCGCAGUAGUAUUAGUAGGAGGAGCGGUGAGUGGCGACGGAGGAGAGAGGCGGAGGAGGAGCAAGAGGGUAGCCGUCAACACUUUUCGCGUUGUUAAUGGCGGCGGAGAGACGCGUGAUAGCGGUGGGUGGGAAGGGCUCGUCGCUCUCAUCCGCCGCCGUGUUUGAGGUCUCCCAUGGCCUCGCUCAGGUGCGAAUCGACUCAUCCGCACUGGCAAGGCUGCCAUCGACGUCAAGUAACAGUCAACUUCCCCCACCGUCCUCAUCGUCGAAGGUCCACUUCUCCGUUCCCGAUUACCUAACCCCUGAGGAGGGCAGAGCUUCUCUCCUUCUCAUAUUGAACAAGCUCUUGCUCUCUGGCUCGUCUUUCUCUUCCUCCACUUCUACACACAAUUCCACUUUUGCUGAUACUGUUAGUCAGCUCUCUGAUGCUCUAAAUUCAAAUCUAGGUCAGACACCCAAUUAUGAAUGCGUAAUUGAUGUCACUGAGGAAGCUUCGAUUGCUGUUCUUGGUGGUGUCUGCGCGCUUGUGGAUCACUGGUCGUCCGCUUUGUGCUCCAUUGCCGACGCCGUCGCGGCGUUGUCUUGUGAGGCAUUGAGAGCCGACGUGUCUGCUUUUAAUUUGAUGGAUUCCGGCGAUGGUUCCUCUGCCAAGGACGAGGUUGGCGUCGCCAGUGAUCUCAAGGUCCUGCUCAAUGGUUCCAAAUUGGUGGGUAAGAUGGAGUACGACGCCGUUUCUGAGAUUCCAGAGCUCCAUGGAAGUUUGAGGAAAUUUUCCAGGUCGGUGCACUCCCAAGCGCGUGUCGAACUGAAUUCAGCUUCCAAGGGUGGCAAAGACGGGUUCGGGAAUCGCCGGACUGGUAAGGCGUUGGCCGCCGAAUUGGUGGCAUUGGCUCGGCCCCUCUGUAAUUUGGGAGAGAAUAGUUGGUGCCGGGCAAAGCUCAAUUUUGAUUCGAUAGCCAAUGAGAAUUUGCGUUCUGGUUUGGUGGCUAUGUUCGAUAAUGGAUGCCCUGGAAUUGAUAGUUUGGAAGAUUUGUAUAUGUCUUUGCAAAACGCUGUUAAACAGGAUUAUGUUAAGUUUGUGCAUGACGUCUAUAGUUUGUCGGAAAUGGUGAGGAAGAUUGUGUCCUGGGAGGCAACUGCUGCCUUUCUGUUGCUUGAGGGGAGUGAAUUGAUCGAAAAAUCUCAGGGCAAUGUGCCUUUAAGUGGAGAAAAUGGAAAAGCCGACAAGAAGAGUGAGAAGAGAAAGAAGGUUAUGGGGAAAGGGACUACUGCUCUGGUGCAGUUUAUUAGGGAUAGGUUACUGCGGGGUACAAAUGAGGUGGUGGAUAUUUCGGUCCUGGUGGAGAAAUGGGUGCAGGAUUUUCUUUCCUUUCUGGAUCCCAAGGACGCUGGUUUUGAUGAUCUGUUGAAGAAAGUGAAAGAGAUUGUGGAAAGCAAUGAAAGCAGAAGACUUCCCAAGAUUCCGAAGGGUACUCGUGAUUUUGCAAAAGAACAGAUGGCCAUAAGGGAGAAAGCUUUCUCGAUAAUUGUUGAGGUUUUUAAGAGACAUGGUGCCAUGGGCCUGGAUACCCCUGUCUUUGAAUUGAGGGAGACUCUCAUGGGUAAAUAUGGGGAAGACUCAAAGUUGAUAUAUGACCUUGCGGACCAGGGUGGGGAGCUUUGUUCUUUGAGAUAUGAUUUAACUGUCCCAUUCGCUAGAUAUGUGGCCAUGAAUGGACUCACAUCAUUCAAAAGGUAUCAAAUAGCAAAGGUGUAUCGAAGGGACAACCCAUCUAAGGGAAGAUACCGUGAGUUCUAUCAAUGUGAUUUUGAUAUUGCUGGUCAAUAUGAAACAAUGGGGCCUGACUUUGAGGUCAUAAAGAUUUUGACUGAACUGCUGGACGAAUUAAAUAUUGGGGAUUAUGAGGUGAAGUUGAACCAUCGAAGGUUACUGGAUGGCAUGUUGGAGAUAUGUGGAGUGCCACCCGAUAAAUUCAGAACUAUUUGUUCGAGUAUUGACAAGUUGGACAAACAAUCAUUUGAGCAGAUAAAGAAAGAAAUGAUGGAUGAGAAGGGCUUAACAGCUGAGACAGCGGAUAAUAUUGGUACCUUUGUGAAGGAAAGGGGACAUCCUCUGGAAUUACUAUCUAAGCUCAAACGAGAGGGCAGCAAGUUUCUGCAGAAUACAGCAUCCCUUCUUGCACUAAAUGACUUAGAGAUUUUAUUUAAAGCUCUGGAAAAGUCAAGGUGUCUUGACAAAGUGGUUUUUGACUUGAGCCUCGCGAGAGGGCUCGAUUAUUAUACUGGAGUUAUCUUUGAAGCUGUUUUUAAAGGGGCUACACAGGUUGGCUCAAUUGCUGCUGGUGGACGUUAUGACAACCUUAUAGGAAUGUUUUGUACAAAGCAGGUUCCUGCAAUUGGUGUCAGCUUAGGAAUAGAAAGAGUUUUUACAAUAAUGGAGCAGCUUCAAAAAGAUCAGAACGAGGCAAUCCGAGCUACUGAAACUCAAGUCCUAGUCAGCAUUUUGGGGGAUGAUCUAACUCUUGGAGCAGAACUAGCAAGCGAAUUGUGGGAUGCCAAACUGAAAGCAGAGUACAUCGUUAAUAAAAGAAUGAAGAAGCACAUUGAUCGCUUAUUAGAGUCAAAGAUCCCUUUCAUGGUUAUUGUUGGUGAGCGGGAACUUAAUGAAGGGAUUGUUAAACUAAAAGAUGUUGUGGCCAAUAAAGAGUACGAUGUCCCUAGAAAUAGAGUUGUUGAGGAGCUUUACCAGCGGUUGAAUGGUAUGGCUUCUUGACUUCUUCAAGAUGUUUAAUAGAGAGAUGGCUAGUUGGAGUCGCUUUGUGUGACAUCUAGAGUGACUCAUCCCACAGUGAGGCAUAUUGCAAAUUCAAACGGCAUCCAAUGCUAGCUAUGGAUGGUAGUGUUAUUGGUUGAGACUAGUAACUGCUUUUAUUGGUGGUGGUACUUGUUAAACUUGGUAGUCACAGGUUCGAGCUCAGGAAUUCUGACUCUUCGUUAUAAUUGUGAGUUUUGUGUAUUGGAUAUUUUUCUUUUUAUAGUAACCAACUGUUUUUCUUUCCUUUUUGUUUGGAUGAAAGAUAUUGAAACCAACAAUACCUAGGCUCAUAGGCGAGGCUUUGUUCAAUUUAGUAUCAGAAGUUGGCAAUGUGUCGCUGCAUAGUGGUGGCAAUUAAGUUGGAUCGUAUUCGUGUCGUG